AUGGCCUCCCAAGCGCAAGAUGUGCGCCCAGAUCCGACAUCUGACCUCCACUGGUCCGACUAUCGAGGAGCAAUCCACGAGAUCUUCGCAGCCAAUGCCGCCAAGCAUCCAGACAGAUCUUGCGUUGUCGAGACGGCAUCUUCAACAUCACCAAAACGAGACUUUAGCUACAAGACGAUCAACGAGUCUUCGAACAUAGUCGCACAUCACCUCGUCUGCAAUGGCGUACAGCGAGGCGAAGUCGUCAUGGUCUACGCCCAUCGAGGUGUGGAUCUGGUGGUUGCAGUGAUGGGUGUGCUGAAAGCUGGCGCUACGUUCAGUGUCAUCGAUCCAGCAUAUCCACCGGAUCGUCAGAUCAUCUAUUUGGAAGUCGCUCAGCCUAGAGCGUUGAUCAAUAUCGACAAGGCGAUCAGAGAUUCUGGUCCUCUUCACCAGACGGUCAGGACGUUCAUCAAUGAGAAGCUCCAAUUAAGGACCGAAGUGCCUGCAUUGAAGCUCCAGGGCGACGGCUCCGUUAUUGGAGGGUCACUUGAGGGAGGAUCUGAUGCCCUUCACGAGCAGCUACCGAAGAGAGAGAGCUUACCUGGCGUGCUAGUCGGACCUGACAGCACGCCUACACUCUCUUUCACUUCUGGCUCCGAGGGACGACCAAAAGGUGUCAAGGGGAGGCAUUUCUCACUGGCCUACUACUUCCCUUGGAUGUCUAAGCGAUUCAACUUGACAGAAAAGGAACGUUUCUCUAUGUUGAGCGGCAUUGCACAUGACCCAAUUCAGCGAGAUAUCUUCACGCCACUUUUCCUCGGCGCAAGUCUGAUUGUACCACCUGCAGAAGACAUUACAUUCGAUCGGUUGGCAAAGUGGGCCAGCGAGAAUAGCAUCACUGUCACGCACCUUACGCCAGCUAUGGGACAGAUCUUGCUUGGUAGCACGGAACCAAAGGUGGAGAGCCUGCACGGUGCUUUCUUCGUGGGCGAUGUUUUGCUCAAGCGGGAUUGCCGUCGUCUGCAACAGCUAGCGCCAAACUGCAGGAUCGAGAACAUGUAUGGCACGACCGAGACGCAACGAGCAGUCAGCUUUUACGAGAUUCCAUGCCUGAACGAAAACCCCGACUAUCUCGACAAGACGGGCGAUGUCAUUCCUGCUGGUACUGGUAUGUUGGACGUUCAGCUUCUCGUUGUCGAUCGCGAGAAGAAGGAAAGACAGUGUGAGGUCGGUGAGAUUGGUGAGAUCUAUGUUCGUGCAGGUGGCCUCGCUGAAGAGUACCUCGGCGACCCGAAGAAGAACGCAGAGAAGUUCGUCUGGAAUUGGUUCGUUGACAACCAACGUUGGGUCGACGAGGACAAGCAGAGAGUCGAAGCUGCAGGCACAGCAGAGCCCUGGCGAGAACAGUAUCUUGGCCCACGAGACCGCAUGUACCGAUCUGGUGACCUCGGUCGAUAUAUGCCAGACGGCAAUGUUGAGUGCGUUGGUCGCGCAGACGACCAGGUCAAGAUUCGGGGCUUUCGCAUUGAGCUGGGUGAGAUCGACACUCAUCUCAGCCAACACCCUUUGAUUCGGGAGAAUGUUACACUCGUCAAGCGCGACCACAGCGAAGAGCAGAUUCUGGUGUCCUACUUCGUGCCGGACAUGCAGAAGUGGAGGGAGUGGUACCAGCAGCAGGAAGAAACCUCGCAGCAAUCAUCAGCAAACGGUCUUCUACCACCGAAGGGUCCGCAACGGCGGAGAACAUCAGCAAAGGAGACUCACUCGCUUGCUGAUCGGAUGAGGAUCUUCGAUCUACUCACGAAUGAUGCCCGUGAGUUGCUCAAGAAGAAGGUGCCGACAUAUGCUGUUCCCACACUGUUCAUUCCCAUGCUACGUCUACCUCUGACACCAAAUGGCAAAGUCGACAAGCGAGCACUUCCAUUCCCAGAAGCUGCCGAUCUUUUGGGAUCAGUGCCCACAGCUGGAGAUAUCAGCUCACGCACGGAGACAGAAAAGUCAUUGGCUGAGAUCUGGGCAUCACAUCUCAAAGCUCGCAAUCACACUUCCGAGACAUUGCCCCGAGAGACAAGCUUCUACGAUCUCGGAGGUGACAGUAUCAUGACAGUUCAGAUCGUUCCCAAGAUCAACCGAAAAUGGCAAGGCGCUAACGUGCCCAUGUCCGUGAUGGCCGGAGGACAGCCGACUCUGAAGAGUGUGGCCAGGUACAUUGACAGAUCGCUGAACCCCGUUGGUCUGCGAUUGGACGUUGCCGAAGAGCAAGACGAGCAGCAGUCCGUGCACUACUCCAAUGAUCUUGCGAACCAAAUCGCACAGUUACCCACGUCCAUUUCCAGCAGUCCAGUAAGAAGCACAGAUGCUGGUAUCAACAUCCUCUUGACUGGUGCAACGGGCUUUCUGGGCGCCUACAUUCUGCAUGACGCCUUCAACCGGAAUCCUCCCAACCACGUCUACGCGCAUGUCCGUGCUUCGUCUGCCCUAGACGGUAUGAAGAGGAUCAGACAGACUUGCACUGCCUACGGAUUCUGGCAAGACUGGUGGGAGAGCGAAGGCGUGCUUGAGGUCGUGAUCGGUGACUUGGAAAAGCCCAAGCUAGGCAUGUCCGAUACCGACUACAAGAAGGUUGUCGAAGAUGCCGAUCUCGUUAUCCACAACGGAGCUCGAGUGCAUUGGCUCAUGCCAUAUGAGAACCUCAAGGCUGCCAACGUUACGAGCACAUUGGAAGCUAUUAAGCUUUGCGUGAGCGGCAAGCACAAGCGACUGUCUUUCAUCAGCUCGACAAGCGCACUCGACACAGAUCCCUUCGUCAAGCAAUCAGACGCAGGCCAACCAGUCCUCGAAUCCGACGAUCUCGAAGGCAGCCGGCAAGGUCUGGGCACCGGAUAUGGCCAAAGCAAAUGGGUGUCCGAAGCUCUCAUCAGAGAAGCCUGCAAGCGCGGUCUCAAUGGCGUAAUCAUCCGACCUGGCUAUGUCAUGGGAGACCCCGAGAAUGGAGUCAGCAACACCGACGAUUUCCUCGUGCGAAUGCUCAAAGGCUGCGUCCAAGUCGGCGCCAGACCUGACGUGAGCAACACCAUCAACAUGGUACCGGUGACUCGCGUAGCGCGCACCGUAAACGCCGUCUCCUUUUAUGGCGAGAGCGGGAAUGUCCACCACGUCGAUGCCAGACCACGACUCACCUUCAACGAGUACCUCGCCGCGCUGGAGAAGUACGGCUACUCUGUCCCGCUCGAGUCCUACGACAGCUGGAAACACAAAGUCGAGAAGUACGUCGAAGAAGGUAAAGACGAGCUAGCUCUGCUCGGGCUGUACCACAUGGUCACCGGUGAUCUGCCGGGUGCCACCAAGGCUCCAAACUUGGAUGAUGCCAACUCGCAGCGUGCUCUGAAGGCUGACACGCAAGAGCUGAAGAGGGCCGCGCCGCCGACUGUGACGGAGGAGGCUAUUGGUGCGUGGCUCAAGUUUUUGAUUAAUAGGGGUUUCAUGCCGUCACCGACGGAGGCGAAGACGCCGCUCCCUGAGAUUAGGUUGAGUCAGGCGCAGGUUGAUGCGUUGAAUAGUGUUGGUGGCCGGGGUGGGAAGUGA